AAAUCAAAUAUAGUACAGCAAUGCAACUAGAAACAGAGGCAGCAUAAAACGGGUCCUUUGAUUCUGCUAUUGCAUUGUAAGCAUUUGAUUAUCUGACAGAAAAUAGAAUAAUAGGCUGGAGAUUAGCCCAGGCUGCAAUGCUGAUAAACAGGUAAUAGGAUAAAUGAUGGACUCUCUCAGAGCCGACUGCGUUAAUAUCCACUGCAGAUGAAAAGAUGGAUUUGGUUAGUAUUUAUAAUUCUGCAGAAAGAUUCGAGGAAACCAGCGGCCUCCACGCUCUCUGUCUGCUCCAUCCGGCUAUUUAACUCUUCAUCAAAAUCGGGAUUUCAGUCCAUAGAGUGAGUUUUAUUACAUACAGUAGUACUGACAGAAAAAGUAUAAAGUGUUAAGCUGACAAACUCUUGGCACCCUUCUACAGAAAAUGUUAACUCUGGUUUACUACUGUAAGCCAGUAGCCUCCCUCUGCGGGGCCCCGAAACAUGGAUACCAAAGCAGUACGUUGUUCGCAAAGUAGACUGUCAAGCUGUGAAACAUGAGAAGGGCUACGAAUUCAGGUUCUUGGGCAUAAGGACUGCACUGCCCAAAUAUAUUCCAGAGGCAAGAGCGGUUCGUGUGGUUUGCGCUGAGGAUAAGUUCGGAAAACAUGGGAAGUGGUACUGGGAUUGCAAGGGAAGCUGAACUUUGAUUGGAAGCGUACAAUAAUACUGCACAACUGGGGGAAUUUGUGGUUUAUGAAGGUGAAACAGGCAAUCUUUAUGCCUCUGGUCUGUUGUUUAAAGAAGCUGUCCAGCAAAUGCUUAUCCCUCUGGAAUUCGAGUGCUAAAGGAAAAGAGCAGCAGUCCAACAGAACCAUUUGGAGCCUGUGACUCACAAACCUACCAUUACCUAAGUCCGGUGGAGACAGCAUAAAGGGAAUCCCGACAUGAACGCCAUUGUAUUUAACAAACUCAGUGGCCAAGUUGUGUUUGAUGAAAAUGUAAAGGAAAGCGAGAAGGCAUGCAGCAGAUCGUAUCUGGGAGUUUUAGAUGGGCAGCAUCCUGACCUUCUCAUCUCAGAUAACCCCUCCAUCAAGGAUAACAUAAGCCACAGGCACAGGAGGACAGGCUCUCGUCCAAAUGGAGGGAAAGUGAGGCACAAAAGGCAAGCUCUCCAAGACAUGGCUCGUCCUCUUAAACAGUGGCUCUACAAACACAGGGAUAAUCCUUAUCCCACAAAGACAGAGAAAAUUCUCCUUGCACUCGGUUCGCAGAUGACCCUUGUACAGGUAUCAAAUUGGUUUGCAAAUGCAAGACGUCGCCUUAAGAAUACUGUUAGACAACCAGAUCUAAGCUGGGCCUUGAGAAUAAAGCUUUACAACAAAUAUGUUCAAGGGAAUGCUGAACGGCUUAGCGUGAGCAGUGAGGAUACAUGUUCUGAAGAUGUUGAAAAUCCACCAAGGUAUCACAUAAAUGAAGGAGAAUGCAAGAAGCCUGUUCACCACAGUGUGAUAAAAAAUGAAGGCGCAAUAAUGAAGGCGGGUAUGAGAUCAGAGACAAGCGUCAAUGAGGAUUACGUGUCUCCCCCACCAAAAUAUAAGAGCAGUCUGUUGCAUCGCUACUUAAAUGACUCCUUGCGGCAUGUUAUGGCAUCAAACGCAGCUAUUAUAGAAAAAACAAGGCAAAGAAGUCACUCAGGCUCAUUUAGUUCUAAUGAAUUUGAAGAAGAAAUCCUUUCACCGUCAUCAUCAGAAACAGAGGGAAACUUUGUUUAUCGUACUGAAACUGUGGAUCAUGGACCAAGUAAAUGUGUCAGCUCAACAACUAAAAAGGGAAAAGAUGAAACAUACUGGAGAGAAAUCAACGCAGCAAUGGCGCUAACAAAUCUUGCACAAGGAAGUGAUAAAGUGCAUGGCACAACCAGCUGCAUUAUUCAGAAAUCAUCACAUAUAUCAGAAGUGAAAACUGUGAAAGUACCACUUCUCCAGCAAUAUUAGAGUCGUUACUAUAAGCAUAUUACUAGCAAUACUUUACAGAACAACUGACUAAGAGGUAGAGAAACCUCUGACUAUGGCAGAACUGAAAUUUUGGAGAUCUAUUUUUCAAAUUUCAAAUACAUUUCUACAACAUUUUGAUAAAAUGGAUCAACAAGGGAUUGUAUUUAAUAAAUCACAGUAUUAUCAAGAAAACGGAUACUGAGUGUUUUGCAGAAAAAAGACUGCUCUACUGAAAAUGUUUCUGCAGCUCAUGGACUGAAUUCUUCUGAAACUAGUCAAAUGUUAGUGGAUGCUUCUUAUCACAGUGUUAGCCCCAUUCAUUUGUAAUAUGUAUAAUUUUACCUUCCAACAGCACCAUUAAUUGGUUUGCAUUGCAUAUUUACUGAAAGAAAACUAUGUUUACUAUGCACACCUUAAGAAAAUUAUUUUUCCAUAUUGUUGACUGAUAUAAAGUUAUGAUUUCAGAUAACAGUUCAAGCAUUUUGUUGUGUUUCAUUUUCAGUUUUUUAUAACAUAAUUCAGCAACCCCAGAAAAUACAUAAUAAUCACAACAUAGUUGCUGUAGCAUACAGUGACUGAAAUCCAAGAUCGCCAUGUGGCAAAUACACCCAUCGUCAUGGUUUGUACAUGAAAUAAUGCAAUUAAUGCAUGGGGUAUUUGGAACUGCAAUCUAUAACAACUUCCAUUAGCUUGCCGGUGAUUCAGCAUAGUACCAUGUCAUGCUUCUUACAGACACAGUAAUACAAUAGAAAAAGGAAAGGAAAUGAUAUACAAUUUACAAUGAAUGUGUAACAAAAUACUAGGGACUCUUUGGCACAGUCCUGUAAUUGUAAAAUAUGCUGCCAUUUGUGUUACAGUCAUUGAUGGAGUUUACAGACAAUUAAGAUUUAGCACUCAUGUGUGUUCCUAUUCCUGAAGUCUCAUUUCAAAAUCAAAAUAGCCACAGGAGUAUUACACAUAAGUGAUUAAAAUUUUGUUAGUUUCCUUCGACAUCACUGAUGCUAUCAGAUAUUUAGCAGUAUGUUUACCUCUUAUCACACCAAAAAUCAAUUAAAUAAUAUCCCUGUUAUUAUAUGCCCGAUGUCACAAAUGUUCUUAUUGCAGUUGCCUACAUCACAAGCAUACUGUAAUAGCAUGCAAUAUAUUCCACAAACAUUACAACAUUAAAAAAGGUCUUAAUCUGAAAUAAGAUACACUAAAACAGGAACUAUUCAGGCAUAAUGUAUUUCCUUACUUAUUCUCAGUGAGUUGCCCAUAGUAUAGAGGUAACACUACAUUAUUUUGUGCAGUAAAAGUAGGUGUGACAUUCUGACUAGAUGACAUUUGACACUGAUGUGGGGUUUGGAAUUUAAAACUGGUUAAAUAUAACUUCAGACAGAUGAAGACAUUUGACAUGAUGCCAAGAACAAAAACACCAAGCCAGAGGACACAACAUGAAGAAUAACUUUUAAAGUUUCUGCUAAUUUUUAAGAAAUCAUAAUGGACUAAACAUCACAUACAUUGUGAAUCGUUUUUUCCUAAUGUAUUUUAUGCCAGAUUUAGGCAAAUACAUGGAGUACAAAUCAUUUUAAGUCAGACCCAAUCACAGUAAAAUUUUCCUUUUUUGUGGGAAGUGUAGAAAUAGGACUUAUUCUGAGUGAUAAAAUUCUAUGAUAAAAAAAAAAUCAGAAUUCUGAAGUUCAUGUAUGAAUUCUUUAGACAUAUUUUGACUGAACUGUAAUAAAUUUAACUUUCGAAUGUUAGUCGUAAUGUGCAUUUUGAUUAACAGUUCUCAUAUAAAACAAUAUUCUAAUUAAAUGUUUUAGUUCUCCAUAUAGUGUUAUUGUUAAGUUUAAACACACGCACAC